AUGACAACAUCAACAUUGCUGACCCAGGUGCCUCGUGAAAUUUGGGAGAUAAUCCUUCUCAAUCUCCCCUACUACGAAGAUUUGGUGGUGGCCUCGCUCACAUGCAAUCUCUGGCACAACAUCCUUGCUGAUCACCUCGUGUGCCCGGCCAAGUGCUCGGUCGCGGCCUACGGGUGGAAGGUGGACCAGCCCUUUGUGUACAACUUUCUGCCGGGCACGCCGCCCAGCGAGAAGGACGAGAAGCUGCCGCUCGACCGCGCGGUCAACCACUGGGUCACCUGGCCUCACGUGCCCCUGUGCUUCGAGAUUGUGCUGCGGGACCGACGGGAGCGCGGGCCACGAUUCAAGUCCAGGGCACACUACGGCCUCAGUGUGCGAUGGGUGUUCCGGGGUCUCAUUCCAUACAUGGAAAAGGACCACCGGCGCAUGGACAUCGACCCCAGCCAGCGAUUAGGCGUGGCUACUGGCCAGUCGCACACGCAGCACACGCCGCAGGGCGCUGGCGUGGGCGGCGCGCUGAGGGACUCGGGCAGCCUUAGGGAGCCGAUGGCCGUGGAGGUGGUGGGGCACGUGGAGGGGCAACAUACUGUCGUCGACGGGCCGCGGCCGGACGACGACGCGCACGCGGAGCGACGAGAUGAUGAUGAAGGAGACGAUCAAGACCACACCACCGCCGCCACCACGAGCGCAGCCCAGGCCGAGGGUGCAGGCAGCAAGGGCACAGGCGGCGUACUAAUGGUCGACCAGCAGGCCGCGCCAGUGCCGGCAGAGCAGAAGGGCAAGAGCUUCAUGGCGGGCUUCUACAUUCCGCACAUGGACAAGUACGCGUUCGGCACCGACACGCUGGUCUUCGAGCUCCACGUGCAGGUGGGCGGCGCCCACAUCCCCGGCUCGCCCUUCCUCCUCGCCUUCUUCAACCCGCUUCUGCCCUGA